GAUUAUAUACCUUCUUCAACUUUUUUCCGAGCUGGUUCUCUUCUCUGAAGUACAACAGAAAAGAGGACUUCACAGCCAUGGCACCAUCUGCGAUCACCACAUUGGACGCCACGGCGACGCCGAUACACAUCAAGUCAGACAAAUCACAAGAAACAGCCGUGGAGAAGAAAAAGACCCCGUUACAAUUGAUCUCACAAGGUACCUGCCUCCCCGGAAUCCCAACAUUCGUCUCCUUCGCCGACCACAGAAAAUGGAUGCUCGAACACAUGGCCAUUACCUUCCGCGUCUUCGCCCGCAAAGGAUACACGGAAGGAAUGAGCGGGCACAUUUCUGUCCGUGAUCCUGAAAACCCUCACACAUUUUGGACGAACCCGCUCGGACGACAUUUCGGGCUAUUGAAAGCGAGCGACAUGAUCCUGGUCGACUAUGACGGCAAUGCGAUCGGUGGCAACAUGAGUCGACCGGCGAACGCGGCGGGCUUCCUCAUUCAUUCUGCGGUGCACAAGGCGAGACCUGAUGUGGUUGCUGCUUGCCAUACGCAUAGUCCCGCGGGUAAGGCGUGGAGCACAUUUGUGAAGCCAUUGGAAAUGUUGAACCAGGAUGUGACGUACUUUUACAAGGAUGCUCAGGCGGUGUACAAGGACUUCGGCGGUGUGGUCUUCACGGAAGAAGAAGGAGAGCGGCUAGCCAAUGCCCUCGGUCCCAAUGGCAAAGGCAUGAUCCUUCGCAACCAUGGUUUGCUCACAGUGGGAGGGACAGUCGACGAAGCAGCUUACUUGUACACGCUCAUGGAGAGGAGCUGCGAGAUUCAGCUCCAGGUGGAAGCGGCGGCUGCGAAUGGGUUGCCGAAGGUGUACGUGCCAGAGGAGGCUGCGCAAUACACGUAUGAGAACGCGAGCGAUCCGGAGACGCUGUAUUGGGAAUUCCAGCCGGAUCUGGAGUAUGAGGAGGAGAUGUCGGGUGGAGCGCACAAGCUUUGA